CCUGCAGGUCUCCAGCGCCUGCGCCCUGGCAGCGUAGGCAGCGCCGCGGAACUCGCGCGCUACCCAGGCACUGGGUCUUCUCUUGCCCUGGGCAUGGAGGGGGUCCCGGUGGUGGCGACAGGCUGCGCGGGCGCUGCCACAACCGAGGGAGCAGCAGCCGUGCUGCCCCCGCCUGCGGUCUCCCCGCCUGCCCUCACCCCAGCGCCCGCAGCAGGUGAGGCGGCUCUCCAGCCUUUGCCUGAGGCGGGGGCUCCCGGCUGCUCAGGCUCCCGGCCCCCUGAGCUGGAACCGGAGCGCAGCCUGGGCCGCUUGAGGGCCCGCUUCGAGGACGAGGACGAGGAGUUGGAAGAGGAUGAGGAGCUGGAGGAGGACGAAGAGGAGGAGGAGGAGGAGGAGGAGAUGAGCCACUUCUCGCUGAGGCUGGAGGGGGGCCGGCCGGACUCGGAGGACGAGGAGGAGCGCCUGAUUAAUCUCUCUGAGCUGACUCCAUACAUCUUGUGUUCCAUUUGCAAAGGUUACUUAAUAGAUGCAACUACCAUUACAGAAUGCCUUCAUACUUUUUGUAAAAGCUGCAUUGUAAGACAUUUUUACUACAGCAACAGAUGUCCAAAAUGCAACAUAGUAGUACAUCAGACACAACCUCUUUAUAACAUAAGGUUGGACCGACAGUUACAAGACAUAGUGUACAAAUUAGUGAUCAAUCUAGAGGAAAGAGAAAAAAAGCAAAUGCAUGAUUUCUAUAAAGAAAGAGGUCUAGAAGUACCUAAACCUGUAGCUGUUCCACAGCCAGUCCCUUCAAGCAAAGGAAGAUCUAAGAAAGUUUUAGAAUCAGUGUUUCGUAUUCCACCUGAACUUGAUAUGUCUUUAUUACUGGAGUUCAUUGGUGCUAAUGAAGGUACAGGACAUUUUAAGCCAUUGGAAAAGAAAUUUGUCCGAGUUUCAGGAGAAGCAACUAUUGGGCAUGUAGAAAAAUUCCUCAGAAGAAAAAUGGGUCUUGAUCCUGCUUGCCAGGUAGAUAUCAUCUGUGGCGAUCACUUGUUGGAGCGGUAUCAAACUCUGAGGGAAAUACGGCGUGUAAUAGGUGAUGCAGCAAUGCAGGAUGGCCUGCUGGUCCUUCAUUAUGGUCUUGUGGUUUCUCCUCUGAAAAUCACUUGAAGAUGCGAGGAGUAUUAUGAGGCAGGAAACAAAACAAGGAGGCUUCUGCAGGAUGGCAGCUCACCAAAGAUUUCCACAACACAUGUAUUACUACCACUUUGUGCUGUUUGAGACAUAACUUACCUGUUUUCAGCACCAAGAAUCAUAGCAUUUAUAGGUACAACUUGGAAAUGAUGGGAUGCAUCUGUUUGACUAGAGACUGUAUGUAAAAAGCAUCCAUAGCUCAGGGGAAAAAUUUCAAAGCAUUGAAGAAUUUUUUAAUUCCUUGUGAUUUCAAGUACUUUAACAAUGAUUUUGCUUCCUUAUCUUUGAGGUAAAUUGGUUACUGUUUUCUUCCUUGUUGAGCCAUUUCCCUUUCAAGUUGGUGGUUAGGAUUCUGCGUUCUGGAAUGGUACCAGUUGGGCAGUCAUCCUUUUGGGAAAGAAGUAUGCUUUUUAACUGAAGAUUCAAAGCCAGUUUUUGUUGAACUAUAGAGUGUACCUUAGACAAAGACCAAAACUAUUGGCCACUUUUGUAUGUUGCCAUCACAUUUUGAACUUCUCAUUUUUUUUUUACCAGCAAUACUACUACAGAUGUGUUAUUCACUUCUAAAAGGGAUGAAUUAUCAUUACUCUGUGUGAAGAAACUGUCUCCUGUAGGGCUUAUGGCUCAUACCAUAAGCCUUCAGUGUAAGACUUCUUUAACAUAUCUUACAACAAGGGGUGCCUCUUUGCAAUAAUAUUCUUCGAAUGGUAAUUUGAGUACAUAGUGUGAUUGUUGGUAUCUUGUAGAGGCACUGCUUCUGAAAAUAAUAAAUUUGAGAAAUUUACAGAAUUCAUUGUUUCCUCAAAAGUCAGUUUAAUGUAUUUUUUCCAAUUACUUUGUUACUGGAAUAAAGAAUACAGGUGUUUGAGAUCUCAUUUGCGUGCAAAAAUUUCAGUUUAAACAUUAUUUUACCUAAAAUUAGCAUUGUGAUGCUUUCUAAAAGAAAUAUUUUGUAGACCCUAUUUCACUGCAAAAUUGCCAGGUCUGCUUAGAAAUUAUUACAAUUGGAUACGGAUUGGCAGUUAUUUUGUAAGGAAUUUGUGAAUUGUGUAUCUCUUCUAACAUUUAACAAAAAAAUUUUUAAUAAAAAUUUAUUUUAACCUA